GCUGUAGAUUCUCUGCUGAGUGUCCAGACGGACAGAGAGAAGCUCACACUGCGGAUCAGAGAUGUGUAAGAGUGUGUUUUCCAUGUGUUGUGUGGUGUUUGUGUGUGUGUGUGUGUCUGCAGCUCCUCAGUUGUCGGAUCAGGAGCUGUUGUGGGGGUCUGAUCAGUAUGAUUUCUCCAUCAUGCUGCGCGCCGCUGACCUGCAGUGCUUCUGGCACUUCGCUCACUAUGGAGAACACUUCUACCUCAACUUCAUGGUGCAGCUGGUCACCGGUGUGGCUCUGGACAGACACCUCUCGGUGAUGGUCAAUGCUCCCAGUGGACUGAUAGUGGGGAAAGUGGAUGAUGCCAGCGGUCAGAUUGCCUUCAGCGUCAAGGAGACGGGCUUUUACCAGAUGUGCUUCAGCAAUUUCCACAAUCGCUUCGGGAGCAUGCAGGUCUUCCUGGACUUCGGCGUGUAUUACGAUGGACAGGAGAACGCCGAGAAGCGAAAGGAGGACGAGAAGAAGAGGAAAGAGGAGGAUCUGAAGCAGAUCAACAGCACACUGUCCGUCAUUGAGGAGAGCAGCGGGCGCCUGCAGAGGUUCGUCUUCCACAUGUGGCGGCACUAUAACUAUGAGCGGAUGCGGCGCGGCGCCGACUUCUACCUGCUGCAGUCCAACAGCAGCUACAUCAGCAGCUGGUCUGCAGCUCAGAGUCUGAUGAUCAUCAGUGCAGGAGUGCUGCAGCUCUGGGGGAUCAGGAGACUGUUCAGGAGACCACCAGCAGAGGGAGCACACUGCUGAACACACACACACACACACACACACACACACUUACA